AUGUCCGACGAUGAUCUCCAAACACUUCCCGAGGUCCUCGCAUCGACAUCAAAAGACACACUGGCACCGUCAUUGACAUCGUCUGAAGCUGGCCCAUACAUCGCGCACCUCACCUCCCUCUCCCUCCAGGAACUUGAAGCAGAGCCCACAGAACUCGCCUCUUCCUCCGCACAGCUCACCAACGCACUCACGACCCUGUGCUACACCUCCUAUCCGACUUUCCUCUCCCUACAUGCUACCACCUCCACGCUCUCCUCGUCGCUCGAUGCGCUCUCCUCAUCCCUUUCCUCUCUCCUCGCCACCCUCCCGAACCUCGAGACGAGCGCAAGGACAAAAGCAGCUAUGGUGCUCGAGAGCCACGAUAAGUUGCAUGAUACCUCGGUCCGCAACUACAACUACGCCGAUGCGCUUCUCCUCGCCCAGCACGCGUCAUCACUCGCCACCCGCUUCCCCUCCAACCCGCUCAUCCUCUCCGUCAAGGCCGACUGCGAUGCACGCAUACACUCUAUGCUCGCCCAGCUCCUCCGCGUCCUCCACGAACAGGCCAAGCUGCCCGCGCUGUUCCGCGCCGUUGGCUUCCUGCGCAAGAUGGACGUCCUAUCUGAGCCCGAGCUCGCACUCGCCUUCCUUUCAGGCCGCAGUCAGUACCUGGACGGGACGUUACGCGCGGUGGAGACGGAAAAGAAGGGGCUGGACGGAGACGCGAGCGCCGAACGGGAGCGGGAGAGCUACGCACGGUAUCUCAAACGGUACGUCGACGCCUGGCGGGAGGGGUACACCACCAUCUUCCUCGACCGCCCAUCGGACAAGGACGCCCCCCUCCCCGAGCUGCACGCGCUCCUCACGACGUUCACAACGCUGCAAGUGCGCCGGCUGCUCGACCUGCUCGACGCGACGCUGCCGCUCGUCGCGGACCCGUCGCUUCUGGCGUCGCUGCUGACGCAGUUGACGUACUGCGCGACGUCGUUCGCGCGCGUCGGGAUGGACUUCCGCGGCGCGCUGGGCCCGCUGUUCAUCGCGGCCGUGCAGAAGGGCGUGACGCGCGAGCUCGAGGACGCGACGGACGCGUGGUGCCGCGCGAUCGACCCCGACGACGCCUCGCACUCGGCCGCGCGUGCGAAGACGCGCGGGAAGCGGAAGAUGUCGCAGCUGCUGCUCGGCCCCGGAAACCCCUCCCCUCCCCCACUGCCCUCGGAUGCACAGCUGGGCGCGCUCGCGUCCGCGCCGCCCAACGCGCCGCCCAACGUGCUCGUCUCGUAUCCGCCGCUCGCGAUCUACACCAAUGCGGUCCUCAGCGCGCUCAACGGACUGCCGGGUCUCGCUCACGGCGCCAUCGCUCUCCUGGUUGCAGCGCGCACCGCGGCGGAUGAUCGAGCGACGGCGGAGGAGACGACAGGCGGGACUGGAGCCGAAGAGGCACGGAGGGAGGAGGCGGUGGUGAAGGCGGUGGGGACGAUGUACGUCAACGUCUUUGUCCCAUUCCUGCGGAGAGCGUUGGCGGAGGGCGUCUUCGGUGUGGUGCCGGGGGAUGUGGGCGAGGAUCUGGUGGGCGUAUUGGGCGAGUGGGAGGAGCUGAUAGGAUAUGGGAGUGCAAGGGAGUGA